AGUCGGUCGUGUUCAGUUUACUAGCAACAAAUGAAUGUUUCAGAACAAUAAAUGGACGUUGAAAUUGUAACUUUAUAAUUUUUUUUAUCUUUAAGCAUAGAUUAGCAUAUGUGUCCGUCUUUUCUCAAAGUUCUUAGUAGUGAACUUUCUUCCCUUAAACUUAUGUAUUUUGAGAAGUUUCAGUUGGUCUACGGUUAGCCUGCUAGCUAGCUACAGGUCGCUCCCCUGUUUGACUAGAUGACUGUCAGACGGGCUCUUGUGGAUUGUGCCGUGCUGUCUCUGCAAGAUACCUGCGUGUUUUAUCCGAGCUGUAAAGGCUGUUUCUCCAGGAUUGAUGUCGAACAACAGGACACGACGAGGUACAGAUGCUUCAGAUGUGGCUACAGGUGUCUGAAGGAACAGGUUGACUACAGGUAUCGCCUCUCACUGAGCGUGACCCGGGACAGUCGCAUAUUUGGUGUCACAGUAUUUGGAAGCACCUUAAACCCAUUCUUUGGCAUUCAUGCAAGUGAAUUACAGAAGUUGGUGGAGAACUUGGAUGGAUCAGUUGAACCCUCAACAAGAUUCGCAUUGUUGGGGAAGGCUGUUGAGGACUGUUUCAUUGGCAGACAUUUCAUCUUUGGCUUAAAGGCAAGUGAAACAGAAAAUGGACCUUGGUUUGGAGGAUCUUUCCUGAAUGGCUGUAGCAGUAAAGACCGAGGCCAGUUUGUUGCCAGUCAGAUGAUUCUCCCCAAAGCUCCUGGCCUGGCAGGCUGCACAGUGAUCAGUUAUUAUCGGAGGCUUCUUCAGAAAGUUUCAGCAUAUGAAGGAAAAACCUCCAGACUUCCAGAAGCAACCCUGCUUCUAAUUCAUGAUCAUUCUCCAACCAACAGCUCUAUUAAUGCCACACUUUCUGCCUCUGGUCUUCUGUCCCCAUCACUGCAAAGAUCAAAGUACCAAGACUGCACACUUACUCCCACCCCUCCAUGGCAACAGUCACUCGGAAUAAUUACUUCAUCAGCAGAGCAGGAGGAUGGCUGCAGUACCCAGGACAGUGGCGAUGAGAACAGCAGACAGACGGACAGCAGCAUAACAUCACAUCCUGCACAGAGAGGCUGCCUGGAGGACCAUAACAUCAUCCAGGAGAGAAGUCCUCUUCUUUCUGCAGAGCACAGCUUUUGUGGUAAUCCGUCAAUUGUCAAAAACCCAAACUCAUCUGUUAAGAAAGCUGUUGGAAACGGCCCCAUCCUGAACACUUUUAGUCCGUCCCAGCCUGAGUGUGAAAGGUACAGCGCCAGUGUGACGGAGCUUUGUCCCAGACAACUUAACAGAACCCUUUUGUCCAGCUCCCUGGCAUGGGACGAUUUGCCUUUUUCUGAAAGUCUUGCAGCGUUUCUGUGUGAAGAAAACAGAGAUUUUUUUAGUGAAACUGAGUCAAAUCAAGCUGUGCAGAAAGAAACACCCAGAAAAACCCUGGAAACUUCCAAUUCAGCAACUGACUCAACUUCUGCUUGUCAAAGAAACACUCACAUGACGCACAGUUAUUCACAGAUAUUCCUAGAUAUCACUAACACACAUGGUUCAGACGGAGCUGACAGACAUGAUUUAUCCAAACAAGCAUCUAAGAAUCCUCUGGAGCGCAUUAACAGGAGUGAAGAAAGAAACCUGUGUUCCCAUGAGUACGAUCAGCAGGAUGAGGAGGAUAGUUCUCAGUGCUAUGACAAGGAUGAAGAGCAGCUUCAAGGAGACGCUUACAACUGUUCAGCGGACCUUUUCAGUAGCUCACCCAUGAUCAGUACCAACACAGAGAUGCUCAACACAAACGGAGAAAGUGUCAGGACAACCACAGAAGCUUCCCCGCUGUUCACAAAGCUAGACCAACAGCAUCAACAUGAUGAAAACGUUAAUGUGGCAUGUUCAACACCAGCCAAACACAACCUAAAAAGAAGUAAAUGCACCAACAGGGACAGUUUAAUUCCACAAAUCACUCAAGAUUUAGAAUUCAUCCCUCCCUCUCAGUCCACUCCCAUUGUAAAAGUAGGUGCUAUGUCAAAGUCACCUGCCUACUUAGACAGACAGUUGACUGGUAAUUUCAGGUCACAGUUUGACAAUCAAGAUUCAGGAGCUUUUUCUGUAAAUUUGCACCAACUGGACAGUAAAAAGCAAGCAAAAACCUUGACAUCUGUUGUUUGUAAACUGAACACUUUGAAGGCUAACAAGCUGUUCCAGUGCGACAGACAAUCUGCAAAAGAAGACUCGAUGCGGAGCAGGACAUCCAGCAGAUGCAGCUACAGACCUACCCCAGAAAGGAGGCUCUGGAAACCCAACAAACAAAAUCAUCUGCAGGCUGAGCAGCUCAUGAGGGUGCAGAAAGAGGACCUAAACCUGGAAUCAGCAGGAACAGUUAACCACCAAUUAAACUCAAGAGUUUAUCGUGGGACUGUGUGUAAUGAUGAUGAUAGCGAAGUAAUUGUUCCCCCUACACCUGCUGGUAGAACACAAUUUAGCGCGACGCCCAGAAGAAAAAGGCAGACUGAUACCAGCAGCAGUAGUUUAGGUUCUGCCUGGGACGAACAGCAGGGAGUGAAGUGUAAAAGAACUCUGUUGGAUCAAACUUGCGCAUCAUCUCACAGAGGCAAGACAGUUCUUAAGGGGAGUCUUGAUGGAUCUAAUGAUUUCCUCCUUGAUAGUGAGAACCAGACAUGUGAUUGGUCCAGAGAUCUGUUCUCAGACUCCGUCUGAGAGGUUCUGUUGAAGAUUUACUUUAAAAAAAAAGCUGCCAAAAAUUCAGGGACUAAUGUAUUUUAUGCCAGCACCCCAAAUAAUGAUCCGCUUUUGUGUUGAAAAGCUGCUUCUUCUGCCAUUGUUAAUGCCCAUUCCUCUUUGCCUAGAAUUGACUACAAGAAGAGAUUGCAUACGUUAAACACUAAAGAUAGGAGAGCAGCCGUCUCAUCCUGUCAGCGGUUUGCACCUUAUGUCUGUAAAUGUAGUAAUUUCUUUGAUUUUAUUACACUUUUUAUAACUUUAAAUUAUUAGACAUUUUUUAGAAACAUUCUCAGACUAGAACCUUCAGCUAUGAUGAACUUUUGAACGCUCUGCCUCGUCGAGAUUGAAUAUUAUCAUGUGGAAUUGGCCUGUGACACAUUGGUAACUCUUUGUUCGAGACGCUUGCUGCUGCUGCACGCACACUGUUAUAUUUCCUAUUUAUUUCCUUCAGCCUUAGUUGCAUCAUGCGUGUGUGAGGAUCAUAUGUGUCUGAUUAAAUGGGUAUGUGAUUUAUUAACUGCUGCUUUGACAUCUAAGAACCAUUCAAAUUUAAAGUAUUAAAAUGCCUAACAGAUCUUUAUUUUUUAUUUUGCAUUUAUUCUUUAUUUAUGAAAUAAUAGAAACUGAGGAAAUACUGUCUGGUAGAGAGGAAUAUAUGGAGCAAAGUUCUCCAGCUAGAACUGAAUCGGGGAUGUUGCACAUUGAGUAUAUUUUCAGUAUGUAUCAUGACAUCAAGGCCAACAAGACACUCAGUCACUUGAAUGCUCUCCAGUUUUAUUUGAAUCGCUCUGCUCCCUGGCACGUCUUCUGGCAGCAGAGUCCUGAGGUAGAGUCCUCUGCUGUUACUAUGUGUGUUUUUGCGGGGGUGUUAAUGUAGGGACGAGUGGGUACAAUGUCGUGCCAAAGAGCUAAGAAUAGCAGCCAUGCAAUGUUCUGCAUGGGUGAGUAAAGGCAGGGGAGCGGGAUGAAGAUUAUGUUAUGUGUGUAAAAAUGGAAGUGGGACAACAAGUACACAGCUGGAGACCUGAACUGUAUGUGUUGCAGAAAGUGGUUUGGUAUGUAGUCAGCUGGGUAUAGCGUGAUUGCAUGUGCCUGUUUGCAGUGUAUACAUUUUCUGGAUGUGUCUUAAGUGCAAUCUAUGUGAUGGACUGGCACAGAUUUCCUUUUGAAGAUAAGCGUCAGUGACUUAGAGGAUCUCCUGACUUUUCCAGAUGCAGCACCGCAAGCAGGUUGACGUUUGUCGUUCAGAAGGAGUCGUCUCGACGACUGUUGGACGAUCUAGCAUGCAGUUUGAUGCAAACAUUUCUGGUUUUUGUGAUGAUCUAAAGCUAAUCGUUAAAAUUUCAAUUUGAGACGAUUUAAGAGUUCGGUUUUGCAUGUUGGUUGCCUCCUGGUCAACUUACCAAACAGCAAUCCUCCUAAGUAUCUGUAAGGCGUCUCAGUGAGAAGAGCAAAGAUGCAUAUACUGCACUGGAUUAAAAGGCUGACAGCAUUUAGUGAGUGUGCAAAACUGUUGUCGAAGCAAAAAACAAUAAAGAGAGACAACUUUGGAGCAUUUAACUUUAAAAUACACCUUGUCUUUUUAGAACUUUAUUUCUUUUGUUUACUAUGUGGAGUCACUGUGUUAUUUAGUAGUUUUUAUGCCUUCUGCUGAGUCCUCUGGUUUUGCUGGUUUGGUUAGCUGUCAACUCAUAAGCGCCAGUACGUGUGAAUGUGCAAAGCGCCUCUCGACCAAUGCCAGCUGCCUCCUGCAACCUCCUGAGGGAUAAGCGGGUAUCGGUAAUAGAUGGAUUCACAUUCCAUAUCUGUGCGGUGUGUUUUUGCAAGGAUGCUGCUGGCAGAGGGAUUAUGCUGAAACUAGCAUUUGAAUGCAAAAGAAGACACUCUACCUUGUGCUGGAGUUUAGUACAGAAUGUUAGCUAAUACUCAAACAACGUCAGGCAUAACGCAUGUCUGAAAGGUUCCUGUGGUGCCCGUUUUUUGGUUAUGUCACACUGGCAUGCAGUUGCCCAGAGCAACACACUUGUUUUGAUAUUUGGUGCGUGUGUGCCAGACAGUUUCAGCUUCAGUUGCUUCAACUAAUAUCAAUUUCAUCUGCAUGGAUGUUCAAAAUUCAGUCCUAGAAGAGAAUCUGGCCUGGUGCUGCAGAUGGAAAAUACAGACAGAUCUAAAGAAAUGCUUCUUUCUUUGACCUUUUCAGAAGGCCGAUUGUUGGCAUCAGUUACUUUUUCCAAUUUUUUUGACUGUUAGUGUUUACAAAUAUCUCUUUAAACACUCCUGAUAAAGGGGGUGCUUCUACUGAUUCAGGAACCAGCCAAAUGUGCAACUUGCUAUAUUCCUUUAUUAAAGUUACAGGAGUUAUAAAUGGGAUGGGCACAACCAUUGUUGUUCUCUUAUGAACUGGCCCCCAGCUUUUACUUUGUCAGUACAGUCACAGAAGGUGAUGCUUUUAAAAACUGCAGCUGUGGUUGUGACCAAGGGAGCCACCGUCUUUCACGUGCCAGUAUAGGCCAGUACGUGAGCUAUGUCACUACACACCUGCUGAAUGGAAACACUCAGAGCUACCAUGUGCUAGGCUUACGUGUGAUACCCUUUGUGUGUGUGUGUUUUUUUACAGAUACAGAACAAUGGGUAUUAUGCCCAUGGUUCUCCUGUACUUUAUGUGUCAGAUUGGUUGUAUUUAAUGUUUUAAUGUUUGUUGUUAUUGUUAUCCGUCUGUCAAAUAUAGACCAACAUUAAAACCAGCCGCCUAA